AUGUGCCUUCAAAAUUCUUGUGCGCAUUUGUCGGCAGAGGAGGCGGUUGCAAUCGAAGAGAGUCUUUUGAUAUAUUGCAAGCCAGUUGAGCUCUACAAUAUCCUUCGCCCCCGUGCUCUGCACAAUCCUUUAUUUCUGCGUAGAUGUUUGCAUUACAAAAUCCAAGCAAGGCGGAAAAGGAGGUUCAGGACUGGGAUUGUAAUAUUCAACUAUAGGGACUACAACAACACGUUACGAAAGACUGAAGUUACUGAAGACUUCACCUGUCCCUUUUGCUUGAUGCAAUGUGCAAGCUUUAAGGGUCUGCGUUAUCACCUGUGCUCUUCACAUGACUUAUUCAACUUUGAGUUUUGGGUAACUGGAGAGUACCAGGCAGUAAACGUUUCUGUGAAAAUUGAUAUAUUGAGAUCUGAGACUGUAGCAGAUGGAGCAGUCCCACAACUUCAAACAUUCUUCUUCUGUUCAAGGCCAAGAAAACGUAGGGCAGAGAACCGUGGUCAAAAUGAAAAGCAUGUUAAUGUACAAUUCUUGGAGUUAGACUCACCUAGACUAGCCAAUGGAGUUGUACACGAGGGACUUUUGGAGAAUGAUGAUGGUGAGAAGGCUUCCAAGGUGCAUUGGGAAGAUAUCCAGCUUCCAUCUACAGGUGAGAAGGCUUCCAAGCUGCGCGUCGAGUGGAAAGAUAUCCGGCAUAGAAGGCAUGAACAUGAAAACUAUGGUCCUGAUCAUCCUAGUUCUGUAGAAUGUGUAACAUCAAGUUCCAAUAUUCCUGGUUCUACAGUUGGAUCUCUGGAGCCUGAUUGUGUUAAAAUUCUAUCUGGAAGUGAUUCCGCACCACCUACUAAAAUAAGGAAGUUAAAUGGAGAGCGAUCGGACCCAAAAAACCGUAUGCUCCUGCAGAAACGACAGUUCUUUCAUUCUCAUAGAGUUCAGCCUAUGGAGUUUGAGCAAGUAUUAUCUGAUCGGGAUAGCGAAGAUGAAGUUGAUGACGACAUUGCAGAUCUUGAAGAUCGGAGGAUGCUUGAUGAUUUUGUAGAUGUUACCAAAGAUGAAAAGCAGCUGAUGCAUCUCUGGAACUCAUUUGUGCGAAAGCAAAGUGUGCUGGCGGAUGGUCAUGUUCCCUGGGCAUGCGAAGCAUUUUCAAAACUUCAUGGACAGGAGCUAGUCUCCUCUCCGGCUCUUUUCUGGUGUUGGAGGUUUUUCAUGAUCAAACUUUGGAAUCAUGGUCUGCUUGAUGCGGGCACAAUGAAUAGUUGCAAUAUCAUUCUCGACGGAUACAAACACUAG